CGUCAAUCCAAAUAUCGAUCAACUCGCGUAACACUCUCCAAAGCUGGCAAAGAUAAUCGAUGGAAUUUUUUAAACAGUGUGGUUUAUAUUCGUUACGAAUAGUCUUAUUUUAAUAUUUAAAUUAAUCUAUUUAUAAGAAUAUUUGAAGGAUGGAAACCGGUUAAGAGAUGACCUCCACUUUCACAUCCGGAAAACUUCCUCUUUCUGUUUGUCUGUUCUAAUUCGAAACAGGCUGAGAUUAAAUUGUUUUUUUUUUUUUCUUUAAAUAUUAAUAUGUUACUACUGUAACAUAUUAUAAACAGAAAUUUUCUUAUCUACUACCAACGAAAGCGAACGUAAGUUUUCCUUUAUUAACUAAAUAUAGACACGAUCAAUUAAAGAACAACCUACAUCUACCAGUUAUAUGAAUGAAAUGAAUAGAAUAAAAAUAAUGUUAUAAUGAAUUAAACAAUGUCUUAAACUAGAAAAUAUUCUAUUCUCCUGUCUAAACUGUCAAUAUUACGUUAACGACUAAGUGACAGAAAAAUGAGUUGCUACGUAGAAGAUAAGCGUGCAACCGUUCGAAAGUUCAAUAGAAGAUAAAACAGGGGCGAAGAACAAAGAACGUAUCAAAUUUAUAUAAAUAUCGAUUCAGUAACACAUUGAAAUUUGACAGGAAAGAAUUAGAGUUCGCUUCUUACAUUAACAAGGGAAAAAAAACCUCACGUGUUGAAUUAGGCCAAGUGUUCAAGGUUAUGACGUCAAGAUAGAAACUUAUAAGUCACGUGUAAAAAUAUCGUAAAUAAAGUACUCGAUAAAGAAAGGAUUGUAGACACUCCGUUUCGGUUCACUCGUUCACUAUGGAGUUGGUAACCACUUUCACUCCGAUUGUAAUGUUUGUAUUAAGGAUUAUUAGGACUAUUUUAGAUUAUUUCACAAAUAUGAUCUUCGGAUUAAUUUAUUUACGGAAUACGGAAAGAAUCGAAUGCGUGAAGAAUCCGUUAUUAUUGGAGAGCGCAUCUUCGUUAGCUGAAAAAAUUCGAAAGAAAAAGGUGAAAAGCAUCGAUGUUGUAAAUGCUUAUAUAGCUAGAAUCAAAGAAAUUCAACCGAUAUUAAACGUUAUUGUUGAAAGUAGAUUUGAAAAUGCUUUAGAAGAUGCGAGAAAAGUGGAUCAAAUGUUGGCUUCUCAAGAGUUUUCUGAAGAAGAAUUACGAAAGAGGUUUCCGUUUUUGGGGGUUCCUUUCUCUUGUAAAGAGUCUCUUGCAGUUAAAGGUAUGCACCACACUGCUGGAUUGUAUUCGAAUAAAGAUAAUAGAGCUUCAGAGAAUUCCGAAGUAGUCGCACUGCUAAAGAAAGCUGGUGCCAUACCAUUAGUCACUACUAAUGUUUGCGAGCUGUGUUUAACUUGGGAAACAUCAAACAAAAUAUAUGGUCGGACACGUAAUCCUUAUGAUGUCAAAAGGAUCGCCGGAGGAAGUACAGGAGGUGAAGGUGGCCUUCUGGGUGCUGGAGGAUCAAUAAUUGGAGUUGGUUCUGAUCUGGCGGGUAGUAUUAGAAUACCUGCAUUUUUUAAUGGUGUCUUUGGACAUAAACCAAGCAGAAAUAUUGUUUCGAAUGCUGGACAUUUACCAAAAAUGGGACUGCAAUAUUCGGAUUUUCUUGUUUCGGGACCUCUUUGCCGUUACGCUACAGACUUGUUGCCGAUGAUGAAAAUUUUAACAGGAGAUAAAGCGUCGCAACUGAAUCUAAAUAAAAAAGUGGAUUUCAGUAAAAUAAAAAUAUAUUACAUGGAAGAUGAUGGAGGUAAUCCAUUGUGCACUCCUGUUUCUAAAGAAUUAAGAACGGCACAGAAGAAGGUAUUAACUUAUUUCGAAGUGGUGUAUAACGUUAAACCGAAAAAAGUUAAUUUUCCUCAAAUAUAUUAUUCUACGGAAAUAUGGUUGAAUCUCAUGAAGACUGUUCAACCCCUUCAACCUACUGUGGAAAUGAAAGAGAAGUUUAAUUUAAAAUUAGAAUUAUUUAAAUGGUUAACUGGAAACUCUGAAUUCAAUUUAAAUACUAUUUUGUCGGUCAUUUACGAAUUCAUAGAAGGCAAAACACCUCCCAAAGAAAAAUAUGUUGAAAUGGAAAGAGAGCUGGAACUAGAAAUGAAAGACAUUCUACAAAAUGACGCAGUAUUUUUAUAUCCUUCAUUUCCCGAAACGGCCGUUUAUCAUAAUGAAACAUUUUUAAAGAUGUACAACAUUGGUUAUAUGGCGAUUUUCAACAUCCUCGGUUUGCCAGUUACACAAUGUCCUCUAGGAUUAAGCUCCAAAGGUUUGCCUUUGGGAAUACAAGUGGUCGGUGGACUCAAUCAGGAUCACCUGACGAUAUCAGUGGCUAUGGAACUGGAAAGAGCUUUCGGUGGAUGGAGAAAUCCUCAUCUAUAAACAUAUUUAAAUACUAAUUAUAUAAGAUUGAUUCAAGAGAAAUCUUCAAGAAAUUCAAUGCGAAAAUAUUAAUAUUGUAACAUUUUAAUAUAAUCACAAUUUUAAUAUUAUCACAGAAAAUUAUUGAUAUGCUGAAUUUUUUCCUCUUUGAACUGCCUUUUAUAAUAAUU